AGAAGUUUUUCCCUCUCGUCUAGUUUUUUCUUCACCUUUUUUAUUGGUGUCGCUUUUACUCCUUUGCGCUGCGUCGCCUCCCUCUGUUUUGUUGUUGUUGUUUGUAUCUUUCUCCUUCAAGUCUUCCAAAAGCAAAGAAAAGAAUGAACCGUCUUUUUGGAAAGGACAACAAGGCGCCGAAGCCGACACUCGAAGACGCCAGCAACCGCAUUUCUGGCCGCUCGGACGUCGUCGACGCACGCGUGGCAAAGAUCGACGCGGAGCUGAUGAAGGUGAAGGAGCAGAUCCAGCGCUCGCGCGGCAUGGCGCAGAACCGCUACAAACAACGCGCCGUGCAGCUGCUGCAGCAGAAACGCAUGUACCAGAGCCAACAGGAUAUGAUGAUGCAGCAGCAGUUCAACGUGGACCAACUGCAGUUUACCACAGAGACAAUGAAGGACACGCAGGUGCAGGUGGACGCGAUGAAGCAGGCGAGGAAGGAGUUGGGCAAGAACAUGAAGAAGUUGAAUAUCGAUAAAGUGGAUGCACUGCAGGACGACCUUGCCGACCUGUACAUGGACACGCAGGAGAUUCAGGAGAUUAUGGGUCGCGGCUACGACGUGCCGGAGGACAUCGACGAGGAUGAGAUGCUAGGCGAGUUGGAUGCCCUCGACUUUGAUAUGGAGAAGGAGAACGACGCGGAUUACCUGUCGGAUGCGCUGGCGAUGCCGGGUGCGAAGCUGCCCGAUCUGCCCGGGGGUAAGGUGGACGCGGGUGGCCAACAGGAGACGAACAACACCACCGACCCGUAUAGUUUGGAGGCACAGCUUGGUCUGUAA